AGUGUAAAGCGAUAUAAAGAUUUAACGGUAUAUUUCUGUGCGUGUUAAGCUAAACAACAACAGAUAAAUAUAGUAGUUUAAUUUAAAAUAUGUAUAGGUUUUUCAUAUAGGACACAACCUUCUGCGUUGAAAAGGAGCCGGUUUAAACCCUUUAAACCUGAGAGGCAGAGCCUAUCUAAGGCCGUGUUCAGCGGUGGAGAUCGCCGUUUCUCCGCAGGAAAUGAUGCGGGGAAAAUUCCCAUAAUGUCCAGUCAAUGACUAAGAGGAUAGGAGCAACACAAAGAAACUGUACAUUCUCAAACAAGCUGUCUAAGCUUGUUCCGGGGUUAAUUUUAGCUGUCGUAAAGGACAGACACUUUCUAUGAUUGUAAUUUUUUUUGCAUCACCGAGCAUAUGCUAAAAACGAAGGUUUUGUAGUAUAUAGCUAACAUGUUAGCUAGCUAGUGUUAGCUUGCUGGCUAGCUAAAUACGACAGGGCUGUUUUGUCGUUGUCUAUGUGGAACUCACCACGAUUGAAGUGAUGGUCGUGAAUUACUUGGAAAUACAGUUUACGAUUUAGCCGCACAGCUGAUGUCAAGGUCACCCCAAUGCUCCUCUCUCAGAUGACACCCCUGCUCAUCAUUCAGUUGCCGUGGGCCUGAGGGCAUGUUGAGGAGUGUCGGCCAGCCAGAUCACUGGGGUGCAGACGGAGCUGAGCAGACCUGAAGAGGAGCGGAGAGGAGGAGAGUCAGUGAGAGUGUGAGAGAGAGACAUGGGCCAGUGUGUCACAAAGUGCAAAAACCCCACCUCCUCUCUGGGCAGCAAGAGUGGAGACAAGGAGAAGUCCCACGGCAAGAAGGGCGGGGGUGGCGGCGGAGGAGGGGGGCACAAGGAAGACUCCUGUCCCAAGAGCUCCGCCGAGCCCGUCUACAACGGCACCAAGGCCCCCGAUGUGACCGUGGAGACCAGCGUUGCCCCGCCACCGGUGCACGGGGAGGGGCCGAAGGAGGAGGGCUGGGCGGAGGGCGACGGCGUGUCCCUGCGGCGGAUCGAGGAGAUGUUCCUGCGCUAUAAGGACGAGCAGGAGGACGCCAUCCUGGAGGAGGGCAUGGAGUGCUUCUGCGAGGACCUGCACGUGGACCCCGCUGAGUUCCGCGUCCUCGUGCUGGCCUGGAAGUUCCAGGCGGCCACCAUGUGCAAGUUUACAAGGAAGGAGUUUGUGGAGGGCUGCCGGGCCAUCCAGGCGGACAGUCUAGAGGGCAUCUGCUCGCGCUUCUGCGUGCUGACGGAGGAGGCGCGCGGCGAGGAGAGCUUCAAGGACCUGUACCGCUUCACCUUCCAGUUCGGCCUGGACGUGGACGAGGGCCAGCGCUCGCUGCAGCGCGGCAUCGCCGUGGCACUCUGGCGGCUGGUCUUCACGCAGGACACGCCGCCGGUGCUGGAGCACUGGCUGGACUUCCUGUCGGAGAACCCGUGCGGCGUGCGCGGCAUCUCGCGCGACACCUGGAACAUGUUCCUCAACUUCACGCAGAGCAUCGGGCCCGACCUGAGCAACUACAGCGAGGACGAGGCCUGGCCCAGCCUCUUCGACUCCUUCGUGGAGUGGGAGACGGAGCGCCGGAGGAGAGAACAGGAGGCGGAGGACGAGAGGUGGAGGGGGAUGGGGGGAGGAGGAGGUGGAGAAGAGGAGGGGGAGUGCCCACCCCCCUCCGUCACAGACUGCUCUGAUGGGGCAGCAGCACAGGGCUGGACUUCUCACUGACUGCGCUGUGAGGCAUGCUGGGAUAUGAACCCUUGAGAUGGCCUUGAUGGAUAUGAGUAUUACUGUUUCAUUACCCAUCUAUAUUUCACCAUUAUUAAUAUGAUUAUUUUGGCUGCUUGGGGAGGACGGCCCCCUCCUCCCUCCCCUUCCCCCUUCCUGGCCCCACCCAUUCUCGUGUUUUAUAAAAGGGCUCUGUAAUGAAAUGGUGUUUUUAAGCACUUCUAUUUAACUUAUUGUUUUAUUUUGUAAAUGAUUGUUUUGGUAUUCAACAUUUGGGUUUUGGAGAGUUCACAACCCCCACCCCCACCCCCACCCACAUUCCCUACCCCAAACCCUGUUCAAGACCUCCGUGUUUUGAGCAAGCCCCCCCACCCUACCCCACCCCACCCCAGAAGCCCUGGUGACUGGAAAGAGAGUGGCCGCCCAUGGGCAGCUGCAUCUCAGUCCACCGAUUGCUGCCCCCUAGGUUCACUACUUUCGUUCACUUCGCCUGCAGGGUCUGUGUGAGCGAGGGGAGGAGAGGGGAGGAGAGGAGGAUGCACCGUUUAAGAGGUGUGCCGUUCACACAUUACCAAGCAAGGGCAGUGAACGCCUGAGCCAAUCACAACCAAACCAGCACACCACAUGUGAACCUUGAGGACGCAUCCUUAGAGGUGACCGAGGGAGAGAGGAGAGAACCCCCAAUGGGGUGACCGAACAAGAGCUAAAGGAGGGAUGCAGGGUAUGACAUUAAUUGGGCUAAUGUCUUAGAUAGUCAGCCUUAAAGCAUUGCACAAGAGGGUAUCAUGAACCAUUUCGAUACCAAAAAAAAUCAGGCACAGUGUGUCCAUGAAAGAAAUCACAACCAUACCUUCCACCAAGUUCUAGAUUUUGUUUUCGGCAUCAUUCAAGACUCCAGCAGAAUUAGUGCCCUGACCUUAAUGCCUGGCCCGGAGCGUGGAUCUGUGUGGCCGUCGCGACUGCAAGGUGAUUCAGCAGAAAUGAGCUGAUGGGAUGUGGGAGAGCCCUCCGCUGCUGCACUGAGAUUGUCCCAGGAUGUCCCAGUCACCACUCUUAAAAGCCCCCUUUAAGAGGCAUUUUUACUGAACCAAAGCACCAUGUUGCCCAACUACGUAUCUGUUCAAACCAUUGUAGAAAACAAGUAUUAUUCUGGAAUCCACCGAAUCAUUUAAGAACACUGAUAUCUGAUGUAUCCAAGUCAGUAUGUAUUAUUUUUAUUUGAAAUUAUUUUGCCCCUCUCUCGUAAGUUGGACAAUGUCCUUUGGAUGACUGACAUGCCAUUCUUGUGGCUCUCUUAAUGUGGUGGUGACAUCUAAAAGAUUGUGAGAUAAUGUUUGCUGAAGAGUGAAGGGAGUAUAUUUUGGACCAGGUAUCCCUGUCUCUUGCAGUCUCCUCAUUUCAGUCUCUUGCACGCUUCAACCUCUUAAGCUGGGAAGUACUCUACAUAACAUUUAAUGAAGAAGGGAAAUUGCUGCCUAAGUAAUAAAAUAGUAAUGGGAACAUUACACACAACUAUAUAAGGGCCCUGUGUUGCAGUAAAAAAAGUGUUGCUGAUGCUGAAUGUUUGGAGAGGGCACGGAGGUGUUGGCACCAGAGGCUGUGUGUGAGUGGAUGAGAGUGUGUGUGUGUGUGUGGGUGCGGGUGCGUUUGUGUGUGUGUACAAGGAUGACACUCUUUGGCCUCUGUUGCCAAACACUUAAAUCUCACAGGGAUCCUCAUUCUUUAUCUUUUGGCCUCGAUUCUGUUUUCUUUCCUCCUCCGGCUGUACCCCUGUACCCCCCUCCCUUCAGCUCGCAGUGUGGGAUUCCUGAGGAUGCCUGUGACCAGACACGUGUGAUUGUUUGGAAGGUGCUUGCUGUGAUCAGGUUUAUUUUUGCGGUUUACAUUUUACAUUUACAGUGGUUUCAUUUCACUUUCCUUUGUCUGGUUUUUAUAUAAAAAUGCAAUGAUUUAUAACAAAUAAAAUGGAGUGGACAGUGAACCACAAAAUGUUA